AUGAGGAUUGAGGAAGAGAGAUGAAGAUGAAGUCCAUCUCAGACCUCCUAAUUUUCUACAUAUUCUCAAGCUUUGAUUUUUAUCCACCAAUAAAUUUGCCUACUGUUCUUCUAUCUGAGUCGUCCAUUUCCUUUGAAGAAAUUAAGAAAAACAAUAAUUCAAUUUCCUUUUUUUGGAAAAUUUUUGUUUUGCUUUUAUCUCUGUAAUUGCAGAACAAAAAAAUCUGUUAUCUGGGCUUUGUUUUGCUUUUCUUUUUCUUUUUUGCUUAUUCUUGCUUUUGAAAACAAUUCCAUUUUCACUUUUUUUUUAUUAUUAUAACAUAAAAAGGCAUUUCCAUAGCCAUAUCCAAAUGUGAGAGUUUUUUCUGUGUUGUUUGUAACUCUUCCUCAAAUCAAAUUCUUUAAGCAAAAACCAUUUGCAAGACUCAGGCUUUCUUCAAAUUUCCAGGCUUUCAAGCUUCAAAAAAUUGACCUUUUCAUGGUUCCAAGCUUGUAGCUUUCUCACAUUGUUUGACAAAGCCCUGAUAACCCAUUUCUUCUUUUCUCUUGAUCUAUCAACCAACGAAAAAGGCAAAAUGUUUGGUACCCAAAGCAAAAGGGACAUUGCCUUGGAAUUGCAAGCACAAUUUUCAAUUUUAAGGCCGAGCAUCCAUUCAAGAAGAGCAAAUAUAACAGUGAAAUUCCAAGACCUUUAUGGGUUCACAGUAGAAGGCAAUGUGGAUGAUGUUAAUGUACUGAAUGAGGUAAGAGAAAAGGUAAGACAACAAGGGCGUGUUUGGUGGGCACUUGAAGCUAGCAAAGGAGCGAAUUGGUAUUUGCAGCCACAGGUUUCUUCAAUAUCUGAAGGAAUUGUGUUGAAAUCUUCACUCAAAUGGUCAGUUUUGGCUAAUGCUAUUACAUUGAAGAAGCUUAUUAGGAAAGGUGUUCCCCCUGUGCUUAGGCCUAAGAUUUGGUUUUCGCUUUCGGGUGCCGCCAAGAAGAAAUCUACGGUGCCCGAAAGCUAUUAUAAUGAUUUGACAAAGGCGGUAGAGGGUAAGGUCACACCUGCUACACGGCAGAUUGAUCAUGACCUUCCACGAACCUUCCCUGGUCACCCAUGGUUGGACACUCCAGAGGGCCAUGCUGCUCUCCGGCGUGUGCUUGUGGUGUAUUCUUUUCGUGAUUCUGAUGUAGGCUACUGUCAGGGCUUAAACUAUGUUGCAGCGUUAUUGUUGCUAGUUAUGAAAACAGAGGAAGAUGCAUUUUGGAUGCUUGCCGUUCUCCUUGAAAAUGUUUUAGUUAAUGACUGCUACACAAAUAACUUAUCCGGAUGCCACGUUGAGCAAAGGGUAUUUAAAGAUUUGCUUGCUAAGAAGUGUCCAAGGAUUGCUGCUCAUUUGGAAGCAUUGGAGUUUGAUGUCUCCCUUGUUGCUACUGAGUGGUUCCUGUGCCUCUUUUCUAAAAGCUUGCCUUCAGAGACAACUCUGCGGGUGUGGGAUGUCCUUUUCUAUGAGGGGGCUAAGGUCCUUUUUCAUAUAGCUUUGGCUAUGUUUAAGAUGAAGGAAGAGGAGUUGCUUCUAACGCAUCAGGUUGGUGACGCUAUUAAUAUAUUACAGAGAACGACUCAUCACCUUUUCGAUCCUGAUGAGUUAUUGACGGUUGCUUUUGAUAAGAUCGGUUUUAUGACGACAAACACUAUAUCAAAGCAAAGGAAAAAGCAAGAACCGGCUGUAAUGAAAGAGCUUGAUCUGAGAUCGAGAAGACAAAACACUCUCAGAACAGAUGAAAAGUAACAGUUGUCAUGAGAAGACCAAGUUGUACAUCAAACAUUCUGCAAUGGACCUGUUGCUCUUAUGUAGAAGAAUAUCAAAUUAAUGCCUUAUAUUCUCUCUGCCAAGAAUCAGGUAAAGAGAGUUUUUUUUUUUUUUCCUUUUUCAUUUCCAGGAUACUGUAGACUUGUAGGUGAUAAAUGUAAAUUUUGAAUCCAUACAGUCUACAAAGCUGAAGUUACUUUGCAAAUCAAUCAGGGUACUUUUGAAUCAUUGAUUUUAUUUGCCAAUGGCUGCUUCCUCAAACAUGUUUCCAGGGUUACUUUAAAACAGUUUUAUCCAUUGCCAACUAUUCCUAGAAGGAAGGAAAAA